GGUCUCGUUCUAUUUCCCUCCAAAUAGUGAAAUACCAUCGCUUUGCAUUUGCAAAGCCUUUCACUGACUCAAAAAUAACAAUGACGUCCUCUUCAUCGUCCACAGCCGGCGGUUACGACGUGCCUUGGGUAGAAAAAUACAGGCCGAGCAAAGUCUCUGACAUCGUCGGCAACGAAGAUGCCGUGUCUCGACUCCAAGUCAUUGCUCGCGAUGGCAACAUGCCCAAUCUCAUCUUAUCCGGUCCUCCUGGAACUGGUAAAACAACUAGUAUUUUGGCUCUUGCACAUGAGCUUUUGGGGCCAGUCUAUAAGGAGGCUGUUUUGGAGCUUAAUGCAUCAGAUGACAGGGGUAUAGAUGUUGUUCGGAACAAGAUUAAGAUGUUUGCUCAAAAGAAAGUAACUUUACCUCCUGGACGGCACAAGAUAAUUAUUUUGGAUGAAGCUGACAGCAUGACAUCUGGUGCACAACAAGCCUUGAGGAGGACGAUGGAAAUAUACUCAAACUCUACUCGUUUUGCUCUUGCUUGCAAUACAUCAUCAAAAAUCAUUGAACCUAUUCAGAGUAGAUGUGCCCUUGUUCGAUUUUCAAGGUUAUCUGAUCAGGAGAUUCUUGGCCGUCUCAUGGUGGUAGUAGAUGCAGAGCAGGUACCGUAUGUUCCGGAAGGUCUUGAAGCCAUCAUUUUCACAGCUGAUGGUGAUAUGAGACAGGCGUUGAACAACUUGCAGGCUACAUACAGUGGAUUCCGUUUUGUCAAUCAAGAAAAUGUUUUCAAGGUUUGUGACCAGCCUCAUCCAUUGCAUGUGAAAAAUAUGGUCCGCAAUGUACUUGAAGGGAAAUUUGAUGAUGCUUGUUUCGCUCUGAAGCAACUCUAUGAUUUGGGCUAUUCUCCUACUGAUAUAAUCACUACCCUUUUCAGAAUAAUAAAAAAUUAUGAUAUGGCCGAGUACUUAAAACUGGAAUUCAUGAAGGAAACUGGGUUUGCUCAUAUGAGGAUCUGUGAUGGAGUUGGUUCAUAUCUUCAGUUGUGUGGUCUUCUGGCAAAGUUUUCUCAAGUUCGCGAAACUGCUAAAGCAACAUAACUUAAGAUGGUUUGUAAAAUUAGAGCCUGCUGGUUUCUUACAAGAACCUUUUUUUUGUGAUGAUAAGCAGAUUUUAGCACUAGAUGUCUUAGGUUACAUGCAUAGAAACCUUUUUUGUUCAUUUGAUUGCUGAAGUUGCUUUUAUAUGGGCACUUGCUAGUUGCUACCGA